UGCCGAAAAAGUCGAAAUCAGUUUCUUCAAGCAAUCCCAAUAAGGGGAAACCAGUUUCCAAUGGAUCCCAAGUUGCCAGAUAAGACGAUUGCCUUUCACUGUUCCGACGGGAAGAUUGCCAGUGUCGAUAUCAGAUGCUGCUAUGAAUCUGAUUUAAUUGCCACUCUGUAUACUUUACACCUUUUUAAUUUUGCUGUCAAUUUCCCUAGCGAUAUUCUUUCGCUCGUUAAUGAAUUCUAUACUGCACGUGUCAAUAUUUUUGAAGCCUAUCCUGAUGAUGAUCAUCUCUAUUUAAAAGAGUUAAGGAAAUUCGAUGCCAGUUUUCGCCAAAAGCUCAGCGAUGUUGAACAACAACUCAUCAUCGAAGCUGCUCGUCUACUUAGGAUUGAAAGCCUAUGCAAAUUGCUUGGCGUGACUUAUGAGACUCCAAGGAAAAAGGGGAAAUUAGUUUUGACCGCGGGCGAAUGGAAAUCUAUCAUGGAGAGUAUCUUCUUCUUGCCCGAAUCACUUCCUGCGAGCUUCAGGUAUAUCUGUCCGGAUGGUAAGGUUGUCUAUGUGGACCCAAGAUGUUCCUAUGAGUCUUUACAUGUCCACCGGGCAUUAAAAGAGACAGUGGAUAAGGAACAGGAUUCGAUUAAGAAGGGAUAUCGGAAAGUAACGCCGGGAGAGAUCGGCCGACAUGCCGUCAAUGUCGCAAUCCCAAGCAAGAUCCUUUCAAUUGUGACUUACUUCUGUAUGGCCCGUUUUGGUGUAAAGACUAAUGCUAAGCUAGAUGAAGAUGUCACCUCAGACAUGCUGCAUUUUUUUGGUUACUGUUUUGUGCAAAGUCAAUCACUGCCCCUGCUUGUUGAACUCAUGCAAGCUGCUUACAAAUUGGGUAUCCGAAGCCUCUUGGACCUGACGCACGAUGCUAUUGUUCCCAAGCUCGAUCGGAAGUCUGCUGAAGAGAUUCUUAAGACCUUCCACUUGCUCAAUAUCAAUCAUUGAGUAUGGGAAGAGGUGUACCUCUGUUCUGUGGAGAUUUGCCUCCUGGAAAAUUAAUGUUGAUCUUUUAAAGGUUCCUGCUAAAGUAGUUUAAAUUGUGGAUGUUUACUUAUCAAUCUAAUGAUGACCGGGAUAAAUUAGGCUAAUUUGAAGUAUGUGUGUAUAACUACUUAUGUUACGUUUAACUAACUAUAUAACUAGUGUUAUAUUCGGGUGUUAAUAGGAAUGAUCCUAAAUUCCUAAUGAUGAUACUUGUGGUUUAUGUGAUGA